AUGAUUCUCUUCGCGUGUCUGUUUGGCGCCCAGAUAGGGGUCGUUGCUAUCCGUUCCCAGACGAAACUCACACGAACUAAAGCCUCCCUCCCCGGUCAUGUCCUCAGUCUCGUGGCGACGGCAAUGCUAGCUGUGAUUCUCCCCAUCCACAAUUGGCGCUCCCUUCGCUCAUCAUCCGUGGUCUCGUUGUAUCUUACGGUCUACGUAAUACUGGGAAUAGCCAGAGCUCGUACACUGUGGAGCAUUCAGCCUAAAAACUGCCCGGCGGCAGUGUUCAUCACGUCCAUUGUUUUGGCGUUUGUGACAUUGCUAGCAGAAACUAUUGCCACCACACGGCUGCACAAGAAUGCCGAUCGAAAGAUCUCUGAGCAGUACAGUGGACUUUGGGCAAGAACUAUCUUCGCCUGGUUGGCCACUACCUUCAGAUUGGGGUACGCCCAAGUUCUGUCUGUAGACGAUCUUCCGGUUCUGGAUAGAAAGCUACAGAGUCAAGGUUUGCAUCGGAAACUUCUCUCAAUCUGGAUGAAGAAUGAUAGAAGACGUCGCCACAGCCUGCUCUUCUCAACUUUCAGCGCCUAUCUCCCAUCAUUCCUGUCCGCAAUAAUACCUCGCCUCUGCCUAAGCGGUUUCACCUUCGCCCAACCUUUUCUCAUCAGCUCGACCAUCGCAUAUGUGGGCAAGGACGACCCCCAUGGUCAAAACUUUGGCAGGGGCUUAAUUGGAGCAUGGGUACUUACUUUUAUGGGUAUCGCAGUAUCAAGCUCAGUCUACCAGUACCAAAGCUUCCGCUUCGUCACUCGAGUGCGAGCGGGUUUAACUGCUCUAGUGUACCAGCAAUCUCUCAACAUCCGAGCAAGUGAACAGGGCAAAGUCACUGCGAUUGCCAUUCUGGGUGCGGAUGUGCCACAGAUUGUAGCUGGUUUACAGAUGCUACAUGAGAUAUGGGCUUCGUUGAUCGAUGUGGCCAUUGCUACCUGGUUACUCCAAAGAACUCUCUCGUUGGCAUGCCUUGCCCCAGUGAUUCUUGUUGUCGUAUUUGUCGGCGUGACAUCCAGAAUCUCUGGCAAGGCGAAGACGAGACAGCGUCUAUGGAUUGAAGUGAUACAAGAGCGUCUCAAAGCCACAUCGAAUAUGCUGGAGAAUAUCAGGACCAUCAAGAUGCUUGAAUUGACGGACGUCAUGUCCAACAUCGUCCAGAAUCUGCGCGUUGAAGAAAUCAAAGCGUCUACGGCGUACCGAAAAGUUCUACUCAGCAUUCUGCUACUUUCCAACACCCCUCUCAAUCUUGCACCGACUGUCACGUUUGCAGUAUACGUAAUCAUAUCAGUCUACUGGCGAGGCUCAACCUUGGAGGUCAGCCAGGCCUUCACCGCAGUCGCCCUGAUAUCUCUCCUCACGUCUCCGGUCAUGCUAUUUACCCAAGUUCUGCCCCGGGUUCUGCAAGCAGUGGGUUGCUUCGACCGAGUUGAGGAGUACUGCAACUAUCCUUCAAAUUCUGGACAAGAACAUGACAUGCAUAAUGCAGAUAUCGUCCCGGAUGACCGUGUCUUGAAAAGCAUGGGCGCUGGCGAAGUUCUCGAAUUGAACACUAAGGUCCAACCGCAACGCAUUUCAUUGCCAUGCAACAGCUACAGAUGGAAAGAAGAUGGCCCUGACGUCCUUAAGAAUCUCAAAAUAGAGUUUCCUGCUGGCUCCGUCUCCGCGAUUGUGGGUCCCGUGGGAAGUGGCAAGUCUACGUUGCUGCAGACUAUAAUUGGCGAGACUAUCCCAGCCUCUGGUUCCUUCCAGCGACACAGCCUGCACUCAUCCGUGGCGUACUGUUCUCAAAAGCCCUGGCUAGCAGAUCGAGCGAUUCGAGACAUUGUCGUGGACGAAGCGGAAUAUAACGACCAGUGGUACCAAACCGUCAAGACUGCUUGCGACUUGGAUUAUGAUAUUGCACAUCAAACGGAGGGCGAUUUGACCCGUAUAAGGAAUGGUCUUAGUGGUGGCCAGAAGCAGCGCAUUGCGUUGGCACGAGCUGUCUACUCGAGAGCAAGCAUCGUGCUUCUGGACGACGUUUUCAGUGGCAUGGACGCUCGUACCGUCAACACAGUUUCUCAUCGUCUGUUAGGUCGAGAAGGUCUGUUGCGGAAGCAGCAUUGUACUGUCGUCCUCAGCACCACCAAUAAGAAUGUUCUAGCACUUGUCGAUACUGUCAUUACCCUUCGAGACGGCGAGAUAGUUAUGACAGGGACACCGCAGGAUAUACUCCGCAGCGAUAGUGACGGCGAGAAGUUGCAAUCCGAGAUUUUCUGUGAUGCCACGGUCGUUGAGUCCUCUGAGGAAGAAUCGCCGACAGCGACAACGAGAAAAUCGGCACCUAAAAAUGACGACCAAAGCCGCAAGAAAAGCGACCUGGCGACAUACACCUACUACUUUUCAAACUCGGGGUGGUACUUAUUGCUUGGAAAUGUCGUCUCAGUAACUCUAUGGAUGUUCUUGACUGAAUUUUCUACUAUCUGGCUCAAAUGGUGGUCCGAAGAAAACGAAAGGCAUGCCAAUAACAGAGUGGGAAUGUAUAUGGGCCUUUACGCAGCCUUUGGAAUCGUUGGUACAUUUUGUGCUUGCAUUGGUGGAUGGUUCUUGCUUGUUCGCAUGGUUUCCAAGUCGGGUGGUCAACUUCACCGUCACCUCUUGCAAGCUACUAUUAGGGCUCCGUUUUGGUUCUUCUCCACGACAGAUAUUGGCGAAUUAAUGAACAGAUUCAGCCAGGACAUGGAGCUUGUAGACAUGAGCCUUCCCGCAAUGGUCUCAAGCUACAUCACGUGCGUACUACAAUGUCUGGUAAAGCUUAUCAUCCUCCUGGUCUUCUCUCGCUAUCUCGGAGCCGCAGUUCCCAUCCUUGGGACUCUCAUCUACUUUCUCCAGAAAUUCUACCUAUUGACGUCCCGACAAGUACGGCUACUUGGAAUCGAAGCCAAGGCGCCGCUAUACAGCUACUUCACAGACUCGGUUGCCGGCGCGACGACCAUCAGGGCAUUCGGCUGGAAAGAGGGCUAUCAACAACGCUUUUACGCCUUGGUCGAUAAUUUUCAACGUCCUGAGUAUAUCCAGAGUUGCGUGCAACACUGGCUCGCGUUCGUCUUGGAURCGAUUGUGGCAAUCCUGGCAGUUCUAGUUGUUACUAUCAUAGUCAUCUGGCCCCAAAAAUUUGACAGAGGAACUGUUGGAGUCAGUUUGGUCAUGAUCAUGGGAUUUAGUACUACUCUCAUGCGUGUUAUCAGGAGCUGGACUGCCAUGGAGUCUAGCAUCGGUGCCAUUGCUAGGAUCAGACAGUAUACCGCGGACACAGCCUCUGAUACAGAGCAAGAUCUCGACACUGCCGAUCCAGAUUGGAUCCGGAAUGGAUCGGUACAGUUUCAGGGUCUACGAGCAUGCUACAGUCCAAAUGGUAGUGCUGCUAUCAACGACCUGUCCUUGACCAUCGAACCAACAGAGCACAUUGCAAUCUGUGGACGCUCAGGCAGCGGCAAGACGUCGGUCAUUCUCUCUAUUCUCCAAAUGAUGGUAGUGCAGAAAGGUUUCAUCAAGAUUGAUGGAAUCGAUCUCGCCUCUAUGAAUGGAGAAAGUCUUCGCAAGUCAUUGAAUAUUGUGCCCCAAGAUCCGUUUCUGAUGCCAGGCACUGUUCGAUUCAAUGCCGAUCCGUUCGACACGGCAAGUGACGACGAUAUCAUUCGAGCCUUGACUCGGGUGGGAUUGUGGGACAAGGCUCAAGAAGAAGGAGGUCUGUCUAAGGUCAUGAAUCCCUCAGCAUGGUCUACAGGCCAAAAACAACUUUUCUGUCUCGCUAGAGCUAUGAUAAAAAAGGGGAGAAUCUUGAUUCUGGACGAGGCUACAAGCAGCGUUGACCGCGAGACGGAGAAUGCCAUGCAGGAGAUUAUCGAUAGCGAAUUCAAACAUACUACUGUCAUUUCCAUUCUGCAUCGGAUGGAACAUGUGCAGAAAUAUGAUAAAGUGGCGCUUUUUAGUCAGGGAGAAUUGCUUGAAUUUGGGCGGCCUGGGGAUUUGAUUGCUAUGUCUGAUUCGAAGUUUGGGGAGCUCUGUCGGAUGAAUUGA